AUGGAAAGGAACAAGUAUUCAAAUUUUCAAGAAAAUUUCAUUCGGAAUUUCAAGCCCAGUAAUAGAACUAGGAUUCUUUUGCGAGGCAAUACAGAGCCAUUACAGACACGACAAUUUUUGAAUGUUUUGGCAAAUAUUGCAAAUUCUGCCAAUGCUGGCAACAGCAAUCAUCGAGGAAUUAAAUUUGUGGAACAGCGAGUGAUUGGAUAUAAACCUGAACAAGUCUAUCAUGUGGUUUCUAAUGUUACAGAUUACAAGCACUUUGUGCCCAAUGUGAAAGAUUCGGCUUUUGUGAAUUUAGAUAAGGCUACAGAAACUCCACCCGAUGAGAAUGGAUUCGUAGAGAAAAAAACGGAGGCCUAUUUAACAGUGGGAUUUCCUCCUUUUUUAGAGACCUACACUUCGACAGUGUAUUUGAAAAGUCCUGUGAGUGUUAAGGCGGAGUCGAAAAAUAUGAAACUUUUUAAUCGAUUAAUUAAUCACUGGGUGAUUGCUGAAGGUCCAUCCGAAGACACAUGCAGAUUGACCUUUCAUGUAGAUUUUGAAUUUUCGUCACGACUCUAUCAAUCUGUGGCGAAUAUGUUUUUCGAUUUUUUGGUCAAAAACAUGACCGAUGCUUUCGAAAAGAGAUUGGCGCAAGUUUAUGGCAAGCCGUCUCAACAAACUAAAAUUGUGUACACUAAAACUCAACAAUGCUAG